AUGUCGCUAUUUGCACUCGUCGGCGCGACCAUAGUCAUCUUCGCAGGGUCUCGGUACCUGGUGGACCCUGUCAUGGCUUAUCUGGCCCCGGUGGACAAUAUGGAUGACGCGUCCUCCUUCACUCCCGAGCAAUUGGAAGGCGCGAGAAAGAAGCUCAGGCUGGAUAGACCGGUGCCGGUGCAGUACGUGCUCUGGGUGUGGGACGUUCUUCACGGAAACCUCGGCAAUGAUAUCGUAGAUACUCAACGCCCCAUCGCGCAGAAGUUGCGGAAAAAGUUCCCACACACGCUCCAGAUAGCCGUGCCCGCUUACAUACUUGCCGCGCUGGUAGGCAUUCCCAUAGGGGUACUCUCGGCGGUGACGCGGGGAUCCGCGUGGGACAUGGGGGGACGACGGCACACUAUGGAUGUACUGAUGAUUGGUGGUACCCGGUUCAUGGGUCGCAUAGCGGUCCGCAAGUUGCUGGAUCAGGGCGAUCGAGUAACGGUUUUCUCCCGUGGAAACGUCAAACCCGACUGGUGGGACGAAGUCGACCACAUUCAGGGGGAUCGCUUCGAAAGAGACGACUUUGCCGCAAAGGUGAAGGGGAGAAGUUUUGACGCCGUAAUCGAUUCGCAGGCAUUCGGCAGGGAUGACGUUGAAGCCAUCGUGACCGCAAUGGACGGAAACGUAGGCCGGUACCUUUUCGUCAGCUCCGGCGCGGUCUAUGGGACCCAGGACGACUGGGCAGGCAAGAUCGACUGGUUCUCCAAGUCUCCCUUCAAGGAGACGGACGUCAGUUGGGCAACCAUCGACUACGAUGAUCCCUCUGCCGAGGACCCCUACGCGGCAGGUAAGAGGAGAGCGGAGAAGUGGCUCCAGGAGGAGAGCAAGAUUCCUUAUACAAUCGUCCGCAUUCCGGCGAUGCUUGGCGAGGAUGACAACGAAGAGCGUUCAUGGUGGUGGACGCAGCGCGCGAUGGACGGCGGCCCUAUCAUAAUGCCGGCGGAAAACCGAGGCAUGUUCCGGUGUCUGUACGCAGCCGACGCGGCCGACGCCUACGUUAAGGCGAUCAAGUCCCCAAAGGCCGCCAACCAGACCUACCACGUCGCCACGCACGAGAUCAUUGCCAUAGAGCACUGGGCGGACCUGGUAUGCCGCACCGUCGGGCACGAGUCUGCACUGACCUUCAUUCCAUGGGAGUUGAUUCUGAGACACGAUGGCCUGCGCCAGCAUCGACGAUGGUAUUCCCGGCUGGCGAGGCCGUUCCCGUACCUUCCCGAUCUGUCCAAGGCGAGAGAGGACUUCGGGUUCACUACCACACCACUGGAGGCGUGGGUACGCUCAACGGUCGAGUGGCACAUGAACGAGUACCAGGGUGAGGACUCCGCUGGCUAUGAAUAUAGGGAUGCUGAGAUAGCCCUUGCCGCUUCCGGGAAGACCUAUGAGUUCAUUCGGAGCACGGCCUGA